AAAGAAAUGGGGAACAGCAUGAAGUCAACCCCUGCGCCCCCAGAAAGGCCUCUGCCCAGCACAGAUGGACUGGAGAGUGACUUCCUAGCUGUGCUGACUGACUACCCCUCUCCUGACAUCAGCCCCCCGAUAUUCCGCCGAGGAGAGAAGCUGCGUGUGAUUUCUGAUGAAGGGGGCUGGUGGAAAGCCAUGUCUCUUAGCACUGGCCGGGAGAGCUACAUUCCUGGAAUAUGUGUGGCCAGAGUUUACCACGGCUGGCUGUUCGAAGGGCUGAGCAGGGACAAGGCAGAGGAGCUGCUGCAGCUGCCAGACACAAAGAUUGGCUCCUUCAUGAUCAGAGAGAGUGAGACCAAGAAAGGUUUCUAUUCGCUGUCGGUGAGGCACAGACAGGUGAAACACUACCGCAUCUUCCGCCUGCCCAACAACUGGUACUACAUCUCACCAAGACUCACUUUCCAGUGCCUGGAGGACCUGGUGAACCACUAUUCAGAGGUGGCUGAUGGCCUGUGCUGUGUGCUUACCACUCCCUGCCUGACACAGAACACACCCACUCCAGCAGUGAGGGCCCCCAGCUCGCCUGUCACCUUGCGCCAGAAGACCUUCAACUGGAAGAGAGUGCCCAGACUGCAGGAGGACCCAGAGGGAGCGGAGAACCCGCUUGGGGUGGAUGAGUCCCUCUUCAGCUAUGGCCUUCGGGAAAGCAUCGUAUCCUACCUGUCCCUCACCACGGAUGACACCAGCCCCUUUGACAGGAAGAAAAAGAGCAUGUCCCUCAUGUACAGCGGGAGCAAGCGAAAGAGUUCAUUCUUCUCUGCACCACCCUACUUCGAAGACUAGCCAGAGGACAGAGGCCCUGGCUGGCAUCCAAAGGACAGCAGUUUUCUGACUGUCACCUAUGAUCCUGUGAAAGGCUGAGUUCUCUGGUCCCUGGACACCUCACAUCUUCCAGAGGCCAAGAGAAGCCACAUGGAGACUCCAAUGUGAGUCUUUUCUCUGCCUCAUGACCAAAGGAGCUCCUCCCUGGUGUCUGAUCAAUGCAGCAAUACCACAACGUGUUGACUCAUGACGAUGAGACAACAUUCGUGAGAACCCAGUGUGUGUGUGUGUGUGUGUGUGUGUGCGCGCGCGCGCGCGCGUGCACGCGUGUGUGCCCGUGCAUGUGUUUGUGUGCACACCCAGUAUAAGGGAGGACAAGGACACUCACAAGAAAGUGCUCAUGAACUGUUCUUCAGCAAUCAGUGGGGACUGCCCCAUUCUGUAUCCCUGGGAGAACUUGCAUCUGAGAAAGGCUCAAGGAAGAUGAGCCGAAGGCUGCAGCUGCAGACAGUUUGGGUCAACAGGGAAGUCCCUGACAGAGCUGCCUUCACCAGCCCUGGGAUACCUUGGGGACACACCACCUCUCUUUCUAAGGGACAUGUGACACUAACCACUGGCCUGAGAGAUUUAUUAGCUCUGAGCCAGGAGGAGCUUUGAGCAUCCUGGUAUCAAAUCCACACAGGCAGGGCAGCAAUCAGGUGGCCGCCCUACUCUAGGAAGGCACAUGGGAGAGAGGGAGGCUGCUGGGGGAAGGCAGGUGGCAGUGCAAAGGCAUGAGCUCCUGGGACUGAUGGCACAGCUGUCCACAGAGCCAAAAGGGCUUCUCCAGCCUGGGGUUCUGGCCUAUGCAAAGUCACCUUUAUUCCUUCAGGAUGGUCUCAGAAGGGGUUGAGUAAAAUCCUAUGUCAAGUGUCAGGCCAGAAAAAAAUGAACAAGCCCUAGCCCUCAGCAGCGUGCUCAGAGAGGAGACAGGAAGAAGAACAGAUCAAUGGCUAAUGGAACAGUGGGUGAGGAGGGAGCCAGCACUCACAGCUAACACAGGACAGGGGGCAGGUGAUGGCCACCCAGGGGUUCAUGUUCCUGUGGAUCUGCAUUAGGGCUGCUGGACUGAGGAGGUAAGAAUGGGUAAAAUCAUUUCAAAAGGAAACUGAUCCAAUCCAUUGUAAAGCAUGAACUCAGUCUGCAUUUUACCCUAAGAAGGGUCUGACAUCCAUGUGAAUAAGAAUGCCAUGCCCCAUGAAGGGGGAGCCAGGCCUGCUGAAUUCUGCCUUAUUCAAUUGUGAGACAAGGGAGAGGUGCAGGGCAUCUUGAGAAGGGGGAGAAGGGGAAGGUUUGGUCCAAGCCAGAGCUGGAUCCUGCCUGGGAAGGGAGGUAGCCACAGACGGAUGUAUGACUCACUGUUCCGUGGAGGAGGGUACGUGCAUGUGGUAUGUCUGUGACUGUGUGCACAUUCCACAGCCUUGACCUCAGCCUAUGAGUGGAAUGUGCAUAUGCAUUUAGAGGACUUUCUGUAUCAUCAGACUCCAAGUGUUUAGACGUGGAAACAUUUGUGGUUCCUUACACUCCCCUAGGGCUGUUUCAGAGAAACCAGCCAGCUCAUGAGAAAGGUUGUUACACUGAGGAGAGUGACUUCUACCUCCAGGCAGGCAACCUCCUGGCUCCAGAUGUCUGUUUAGUAUCUCCUGUGUUGUUUAUGUUGUGACCAGUGUGACUGGAACUUUCGGGGAGCAUUCAUGGGGACUUGUAAGUGGGAUGCAUUACAUUUUGCUCAAUCCUGUAUUUAUUUCUGAUUAAAGUAAACCUAAUAAAUAUUUAACCAUGAAAUGGGGGAGUUCUGGGUUGAGUUGGGUGGAAGGCCCCCUCAGGAGCUCUGUGGGUUUUGGUUUUCAAGGAAGCAUGCAUCUGCAGAGACAGAUGAGGCUGGCAAGAGACACUUACCCUGGUCGUCUGCAUCUUGAAGUGGGGGAUUGAAGCAGGGAAAGGGAGCAAAUUCUUUGCCAUUGCUAUGAAAAUUCCAUGUCUGUACAUUACUUGUAAUACUCCAACUACUCAUUCUUCUAAGAAUUUACUGCACAAAUGUUCUUUUGGAUAACAGUUCAAUAGAAUCUACUCUAAGUGCUGGGGCAAUAGCAGUAGCUAACAGAUGAGGUCUCUGAUGUCAUGGAGCUUGGGGUCCUAAGUAAAGAGACACUUUCUGAGGAAGGGGAGUAACAUGCAGAAAACAGCAGGCUCCAUGCAGCCCUGACAGGUGAGAACCCUUUAGAUGAAUGCUGAG